AUGUAUGCAGUGGCUGAUUUUUGUCUCAUCCCUGUAGGUCUCGGUACCCCCUCGGUCGCACCUCAGAUCGCCGAAUGUCAAAGGGUUCUCGCCGCCUCAGGUCUUGAAUAUCGAAUGCAUGGCUAUGGCACCAACAUUGAGGGCGAGUGGAGUUUAGUCAUGCGGACCAUAGAGCAAUGCCACGAGGCUGUUCAUGCCAUGGGAGCGGCCAGGGUUGCGACGGACAUUCGCAUCGGUACUCGCAUAGAUAAAGUCGUCGACGGGGGAGCCAAUGAUCACAAAGUCAGACGGGUGCAGGAGCUCUUGGCCCAGGACGAUGGGUCCCAGAGUAGUAGCGGCAAUCGUGAGCAAUGA